AGGUUCCGGUUAGUAUUACACUGAAGACGAACUUUUUGUUAUUGACGCACACACGCCCCACAGAGCAACUCUUUAGGAGCGAGUGAAGCUCCGCCUCCACAGCUGUAUUCAUGGAGGACGAGCAUCGAUAUUUAACAGGCGUCUGUCUUACGGUUUGUCAUCCCGUGAUUUCUACGUCAUCACCUCCUACCGACAUCCGUAUUUACUGAAACAUGGCGGCACAAACAAACCGCGGUGUCCCGCUCAGUACGCUUUGUCCCAAGUAUCUUCAUUCAAAUUCCACCAGCCACACCUGGCCCUUCAGCGCCAUAGCUGAGCUCAUAGACAAUGCCUAUGAUCCAGAUGUCAGCGCCAAACAGUUCUGGAUUGAUAAGACUAUGGUCCAAGGACAAGAAUGCCUCAGCUUUAUGGAUAAUGGAAAUGGACUGGACUAUGAAACAAUGCACAAGAUGCUCAGCUUUGGGUACAGUGACAAGACUGCUAUAAAGGGUAUUAAGCCAAUCGGUAUGUAUGGCAACGGUUUCAAGUCUGGAUCCAUGCGUCUUGGCAAGGACGCCAUCGUGUUUUCGAAGUCGGAGAGGGCUUCAUGUGUUGGGAUGCUCUCUCAAACCUACCUGGAAGAGAUUGGAGCUAACCAAAUAAGUGUACCUAUUGUCUGCUUUGAACAGAGACAGACAGACAAGUUCAGUGUAAGACAGGAGCACAAAGCCAGUCUGCAGGACAUCCUGCGCUAUUCCCCUUUCAAGACGGAGGAAGAAUUGCUUAUUGAGGUCAAAGCCAUCAGUUCCAACUGGUCCACACAGAAAACUGGCACACGGAUCAUCAUCUGGAAUCUCCGCAGGACAUCUUCUGGAACAACUGAGUUUGAUUUUAAGAAGGAUCGUUACGAUAUCCGAAUUCCAUCUGACGUCUACGAGGAAAUGAAUGACACUCAACAUCCAGACAAGGUCACUUCAAACAUCCCUGAGAGUUUUUACUCUCUGCGGGCCUAUUGCAGUAUUCUCUACCUGAAGCCCAGGAUGCAGAUCAUUAUUCGUGGUCAAAAGGUGAACACUCUGCUCGUUGCUAAGAGUCUUGCCCUCGUCAGGAAGGACCACUACAAGCCCACUUUCCUGAACAAACGUAUUCCUAUUACUUUCGGCUAUAACACCAAAAGUAAAGACCAGUAUGGCAUUAUGAUGUAUCACAAGAACCGGCUGAUCAAAGCGUACGAACGUGUCGGAUGCCAGCUCAAGGCCAACAACAAAGGUGUGCGGGUCAUUGGGGUCAUAGAGUGUGACUUUCUGGAACCUACCCACAACAAACAGAGCUUUAAUGAAACAGAUAAGUACAGGAAAACUAUGAACAAUUUGAGCACCAAACUGGAGGAGUACUGGAAUGAAAUGUGCUACAAGAGAAGAAGAGAAGAACCAAACGCCACCACACCAGUGGAAGAUACCAUGAAGCGCCCAGAUCAAAACUGGGUGCAGUGUGAUGACUGUUUGCUCUGGCGCAAACUUCCGGAUGGGAUCAACUGCAGCAAGCUGCCAGAAAAAUGGUUCUGCCGCAUGAACCCGGAUCCUCAGUUCAGGAGCUGCCAGAGGGAGCAGGAGCCUGUGGACUCUGAUGAUGAGCAACCUUCAUACUGCAAGACCUAUAAACAACAAGAGAAGGAAGACAGAAAGAAUCAAGAGAAGGAAAGACAAAAGGUUGAGGACGCUAGAAAGCGCAAUGAGGAACGUCUGGCUGCUCUCGACAGGCUAAAACAGGCCGAUAGACGUCUGCAGACUGCCGAUUCUCCCUCAACCCCCACUACCCCAAAGCGUAGGUUUAACACUGUAUCACCACAAGGGGCUGAAUCCUCUCCAUUUAGGUCCUCUCGACUGUCACAAGCUGCUUUCAGCCCCUCCAGUAACAGUGGUCUUCCAGUUAUUUCUAGUGUAUGCUCGUUGUCAACGGGCCUCAGGGGAAAAAGAACACAGCCUGCUUCUCCACAAACAACGCCCAAAAGACCUAAAAUCAGUGGCACCUCAGGUACAUCCACAAUAGUGGAUGUGAGCCCGCAGAGCUCCCCAUCAGUGCUCAUUGAAAAUGAUGAUGAUAAUGAUGAUACUGAUGAUGACAUUUUCAUCUUGGAGACCGCCUGUACCCCCAAACCAAACACGCCAGGCUUCGAUUUGACUCAUGUGAAGAUAGAGCAAGAGCAAAGUGAUGCUAACGUCGGCAUGCUUCUGGAGUGCAAUGAUGAUGCUGCUGUGGAUGAUGUCCCGGGGACGAAUGUUGCAGGAACAGGCACUGCAGGGUCUGCAGCUGUGGGAACCAGUCACUCCCCAUCACCUCCUCAAGACGUGACCAGCAGCACCACCCAGACAGAAGGACCCAAAGUGAAGAGGGAAGAGGAGGACCAAAUUCAAACUGGAGGGGAGGAGAGAGCAGGGCAGAGUACAUCCACUAAGAGUGGUGGAGAACAGAGUUCAGAUGUGGACAUCGGUGUCUGCACUGUUGAGCAGAGAUCAAUGAAGAUCGAGAACAGUGGAGACACUCGCACUAUGGAUCAAGAAAACCAGACCUUGCCGAACGGAGUGACACAUCAUCUGGAUAGUGACAAAGUUGUAGGACCUCCCUGUGCGAAUAAAUGUAAUGAGAAAGACUCAGCACUUAACUACCCCAGUGUCACUGAGGUACAGGACCAGCAGGACCAGCUCCUAGAGCUGAUGCAGGCUACAGCUGUGGAGAGAGACUCCUUCAAGGAGCAGGUCCGAAAACUGACCUGCCAACUGCAAGACAUGCAACGCAGACUGGAGGAACUGUCUCGGAUCAAUGUAAAGAAGGAGUGUUCUCAACAGGGCAGCCAAACGGAGGAAACUGAGGGGGGCGGGGACUACAAAGCUCUGUUUGAGAGGGCCAAACAGAAAGUCGAUGAACUCGUUAAGGACAAAGAGCUGUUAAUGACAGCUUCUGAGACCAAGACCAGUGCCGCCCAAUGUGAAGAAAAGGACAUCGAUGAUAUUGCACUACAAGUUGACUGUCUGAUGCGAGAACUGGAUCAAAGUAAAAAGGAGAGGGAUGAACUUCGCACAAAGUUGGACAGUAUGGAGGUGGAAAGGGCAAACCUGGCAUCCGAAUGUCAAGAGCUCAGGUUGAGCCUGCAGCAGGAGAGGGAAAAUGCUCAGGAGGGAAGCACAACUCCACACAGAACCACUGAUUCUACGAUACAAACGGAUCCAGAGGAAGCAUUAGCAACAGCGGAGUCUGACACAAAUUCAAGCACAGAUACAUCAAGAAGUUUGAUUGAGCUGAGGCACAACAUCGGGCGCCUUCUCGUCUCCUACGUGCCGGCUCUGGACCUGGACCAGGUCAAUUAUGAGUGCAAUGUAAUUGAUGAGAUCCUUGAACAGGUGCUUUCAAAUGUGGAUUCCGUUGAAUGGGUGGGGCAGAGGUACAGCGCAACAAAUGAAUAAACAAUUGAAAUUAUCCUGGAAUGAAGAACAGUACUCCACCUAUAAAUAAUGAGAAGGGAAUUUUAUGAUUGUGGGAGAUGAAGUUGUAUUUAUUUGAAGGUGUUUUCUUAUUGAUGAACAGUAAAUUCAAAACUAUGAGCAGCUUUGCACUUUCUUUAUCUCAACAGAUGAAAACUGCUAUAAAAGCAGUAUAAACAAUACAACCACAGUGUACAUAAAUAAAUGUUAUAGGCUAUUCGCUUUGCUGGGUAGAAUCAUAGAAGUCAAAUGCUAUGUUGAGGUUUUCAUGAAAGAUAGGCUCUGUAUCUGAUUUUGUUUGUUUUACAAUGAAAGCUAUCUGUUUUCUCUUUGAUUUGAAUUGACGCAUUUUUUAUAUGUUUUCUAUGAAAUAUAUUUUAAUAUUUUCUGUCUUUGCUUUGUGAUGAAAUGCUCUAUGGCAUGUUAUAAGUAUCCUGGUGAACCCUUCUGGUAGGACAAACAUAGAGGGUAGGGCUGUCAAACUGUACAUUUCUGAAAACUGAAAUUGAAACUUAACUAAAAGUGUUAUCAAGAUCCUCCCUCUAAGCCAUUAACAGGUUGUGAUUGUUUGAUCAAUGUUUUAAAGGCCACCAUGAUGAUCGGUGAAACAAGACUCAGUUAUUUUACUUCAGAAAACAUAUUAAUACCACAGUGUCAAAAUACUCUCUUAUAAGUAAAAUGCCUACAUCCAAAAUAUGAGUUAAGUAAAACUACAAAAGUAUAAGCAUGAAAAUAAACUUUAAUAGAAUAUCCCUCAGACUUUAGAGGAGAUAUUCAGAACUGAUAUCCCUUAUAGAUUUGAUGUUUUAUAUCUAGGGAAUAUCCCACAAAAGCUCUGCUCCCUGGAUAGAUCCCUUGUGGUUAUUCUGUUGGCUACAGGUAAAGAAACGAUAACCCGCAAGUGGCUGAAGCCCCAGGCUCCCUCGACUGAGGACUGGGUAGACAUUGUCCAUCAAAUAUAUACGAUGGAGAAACUGACAUACUACAAGACAUAUUUCACAGUACAUGGUUAAGGUGGCUCAAAUCCAUCAGGCCCCUGAGACAGGACUUUAUAUGAAAUACUGUAAAUUUGUGUAAUUUGGAUAUGACCAUUCCUCCCA